AGUCGGUAGUCAGUCGUUGGACGGUCGCAACGCUGCACACGAAAGGGUUAGACUCAUUGCCGCCGUCGGGACAUGAUCCGAAACGGACACGGGACCACAGAUCCCUCCAAAAAACUUGGCCCAGGGACCAAGCGCACCGUGCGGGUCUGGUGUGACGGCUGCUAUGACAUGGUACAUUAUGGGCAUUCAAACCAGCUGCGUCAGGCACGGGCCAUGGGAGAUUACCUUGUCGUAGGGGUCCACACUGAUGAGGAGAUUGCCAAGCACAAGGGCCCUCCUGUCUUCACUCAGGAGGAGAGAUACAAAAUGGUCCAGGCCAUCAAGUGGGUGGAUGAGAUUGUGCCUGGUGCUCCUUACGUCACUGCCCUGGAGACCCUGGACAAAUACAACUGUGAUUUCUGUGUUCAUGGCAAUGACAUCACCUUAACUGUGGAUGGACGGGACACCUAUGAAGAAGUGAAGAAGGCUGGGAGAUACAGAGAAUGUAAGCGCACCCAGGGAGUCUCUACCACUGAUCUAGUUGGCCGGAUGCUGCUCAUGACCAAAGCUCAUCACAGCAGCCGCGAAUUGCCCUCAGAAUACCGGGAGUACACCGACAGCUUUGGCAAGCCCCUUCACCUAGUACCUGCUGGGGCAGGUAUUUGCCCAGAAGGCUUCUCCCAGUGCCCAAGGAGCCACAGCCCAUGGACUGGAGUGUCACAGUUUUUGCAGACAUCCCAGAAGAUCAUCCAGUUUGCUUCUGGGAAGGAGCCAGAGCCAGGAGAUACCAUCAUCUAUGUGGCUGGAGCCUUUGACCUGUUCCAUAUUGGGCAUGUGUCUUUUCUGGAGAAAGUUUACCAGCUUGCAGAACGACCCUACAUCAUUGCAGGCUUACAUUUUGACCAGGAGGUGAAUCACUACAAGGGAAAGAACUACCCCAUCAUGAAUGUGCAUGAGAGAACUCUAAGCGUGUUGGCCUGCAGGUAUGUGGCUGAGGUGGUGAUUGGAGCUCCCUAUGCUGUCACAGCUGACCUUCUGGAUCACUUCAAGGUAGACCUAGUGUGUCAUGGGAAGACCGAAGUGAUGCCUGAUAAGGACGGUUCAGAUCCCUAUGAGGAACCCAAGAGAAGGGGGAUCUUCCAUCAGAUCGAUAGCGGUAAUGACCUCACCACAGACCUCAUUGUACAGAGAAUUAUUAAAAACAGCAGAUUAGAGUAUGAAGCAAGAAAUCAGAAGAAAGAAGCUCGAGAGCUAGCUGCUCUGGAGGCCAUAAAAAAACAGGAGACAAUAACCGAAGGGGCAGGAGUGCAGGUGGAGAGAUCCUAGGAGGCC